AUGGGUAUUAUCGAAGAAUUGCCAGAAGCAACGCCUACAAGGUGGGUUUCACCAUUAGUGGUUGUUCCAAAAGCAGAUGGAAAGGAUAUUCGAGUUUGUAUCGAUAUGAGAAGGGCAAACGAGGCGAUUGUAAGGGAAAGACAUCCUAUUCCGACCAUAGAAGAAGUUUUGUAUGAUUUAAAUGGAGCAACGGUAUUUAGUAAGAUAGACCUCAAAUGGGGGUUUCAUCAAGUGGAACUCACAGAGGAUUCAAGGGACAUUACGACGUUCGUGACACACCGGGGGUUAUAUAGAUAUCGUCGACUGAUGUUCGGAAUUACUUCAGCUCCAGAGAAGUACCAGAAAAUAAUCUCAGAUGUUUUGGCAGGGUGCAAUGGGGUGGCAAAUAUUGCGGAUGAUCUUAUUGUUUACGGGGCUGAUUUAUCCGAGCAUGAUGAGAAUCUUUAA